AUGCUUUGGUCGUGGUUGUCAAUUGCUGCUACUGCAGCUUUGUCUGUGACGGCUACCUCGGUCUCCGAGCAGCUCGGAGUGUCUAUGGACAUCAAUGUGGACGCCAUUGACUCCACCAUCUGGGAGAAUGUCCACUACUAUAGAAAUGUGGAUCUCAGCGGGCCAUAUAUCAAGGAAUUCGACCUUAUCGAGGCGAAAAAUACCAGCCCUGAGCCUCAGGACACUUACGUGUUCACUAUUAACGACGGCUUUGACUCUGUCCCCAAUAUCUCGUACAUUGGCGUCACGGUGAUGGAUCUCAAGUUGGAAUUGUAUCCAUUCAAACUUGGCCAGGGAAUCUACGCCAUUAAGUUCACCGCUCCAAUUGCUCCAGGCUCCACCGUGGAGUUCAAGACCCGCUACGCCUACACGAACACCUUGGUGCCCUUCCCUGAAAAAAUCAACAUGGAUGAGAGCCAGAGUUUGUUGGCUAAGAUCAACAAGUACGCUUACUCUCCGUACGUGAUUUCCGACUAUUCGCUUGCAUUCACAGGCUUCCCCAAGGCUCAGGAAAUGGACUUGCAGUUCACCAAUGUGACCGUUUCGCCCAACUUGCCAGCCUUGAAAGGAAGAGUCGAGUCUGAGGCCUUGGUCUAUGGCCCCGUCGUUUCCACCAUCCAGCCGUAUGCUGUGGUGCCUAUGGGACUCUUAUAUGACCACGCCAGACCUUUAACCCGUGUAAUCAACUUGGAGAGAUCUUUCUGGUUGCCUGGUUCGGGUGUGGAUGUGGUGCUGACUGAGGAAUACUAUGAACUCACCAACAAUGGUGCUCAAUUGAAGUCGGGCUACUCACGUGGAGAUUGGAUGAAGGGAAGAUACGAUCUUAUCAGAGAGCACUUUGCUAUUUCGCAAUUGGAGUUCCCUGAGAAUCCUGCUGCCACUUUCGAGGACUACUAUAUCACCGAUAAGGUUGGUAAAGUGUCUUCUCACCACCCAGCGCAAGGCCACAUCAUCAUGCAGCCACGUUUCCCGCUUUUCGGAGGUUGGAAGUACAAUUUCACGUUGGGAUGGAGCAACAAAAUGGAGCACUUCGUCCACACCAUGCACAAUGAUGACAAUGUGUACAUUGCUAAGUUCCCAAUGUUGAAUGGACUUCGUGAGAUUUACUACGACGAUGUCUACUUAAACUUCUACUUGCCUGAAGGAUCGGAGUUCAUCUCGUUCCACGCACCUGUGGUGUCUGAGGAUGUGACGGUGGGAGCUGAGGCCAGCUACCUUGAUGUUUCUGAUGGCCACGUCAAGGUGCGUGUUCACUUCCGCAACUUGUGCGACAGCUUGUCGCUGCUUGAUGUUUACGUGAAGUACCGUUACUCUGCGUCGAGCUACAGAUACAAGUUGUUGAAGAUUGCUGGGUUUGUGUUUACUGGCUUGGCCAGUUACUACGCAUUGGGGCUCUUGAACCUUUCCAUUGAGCAAAAUUAA